CAGGGUAGCCUCAGCCACGCGCACAUGCAGGGGCGAGCGCUCUAAGGAUCAUAUCCUACACGCCCAGCACUGCAAUGCUGCUACCUGGUAAAGGGCGAAAAAAAUCUCAAACUCCAAGCUCCCCAUGACAGUAUUUCGCCAGAAUGGUCAAGAAAUCCUGCACAGGCGGGGUUUACCCUGGUCCAGCUGUGGAGAAAAAGCUAAAAGUCGGCUUUGUCGGGCUAGAAGCUGGGGCUAGUACGGAUUUAAACAGAGAUGGGGCGCUGCUCAUAGCAGGUGCCGACGCCGAGGCAACAAAGCGAGGCAGCAUCCUUAGCAAACAGAGGUCCAGUCUCUCUGGCAAACCGAAGCCUCCAAAGAGAAAUGCAUUCUACAGAAGAGUGCAGAAUUUUCUUUAUAAUGUUUUGGAGAGACCAAGAGGAUGGGCAUUUAUUUACCACGCAUACGUUUUUGUGCUGGUCUUCUCCUGUCUGGUCCUCUCUGUAUUUUCCACCAUUAAGGAGUAUGAGAAGAGUUCCGAAGAUGCCUUGUAUAUACUGGAAAUAGUCACCAUCGUGGUGUUCGGCGUGGAGUACAUAGUGAGGAUAUGGGCCGCCGGAUGCUGCUGCAGAUACAGAGGAUGGAGGGGCCGUCUGAAAUUCGCCCGCAAGCCCUUCUGCGUGAUCGACGUCAUGGUGCUGAUUGCAUCCAUCUCUGUGCUGGCGGCGGGAACCCAGGGGAACGUCUUUGCUACGUCGGCCAUCCGGAGUUUGAGGUUCCUGCAGAUCCUGCGCAUGAUCCGGAUGGACCGCCGUGGAGGCACCUGGAAACUCCUGGGAUCUGUCGUCUACGCUCACAGCAAGGAGCUGAUCACGGCGUGGUACAUCGGCUUCCUCUGCCUCAUCCUGGCGUCUUUCCUGGUCUACCUGGCAGAAAAGGAGGACAACGACCAGUUUGAGACCUACGCAGACGCACUGUGGUGGGGCCUGAUCACACUGACUACCAUUGGGUACGGAGACAAGUUUCCCAUAACGUGGAACGGACGUCUUCUCGCCGCAACCUUCACCUUGAUUGGAGUAUCUUUCUUUGCACUUCCAGCAGGUAUCUUGGGCUCCGGCUUCGCCUUGAAGGUCCAGGAGCAACAUCGACAAAAACACUUUGAGAAGAGGCGGAAUCCUGCGGCAGGACUUAUUCAGGCCGCGUGGCGUUUCUACGCCACUAAUCUCACCCGACCAGACCUGGAGUCGACGUGGGAUUAUUACGAACGCACCGUAUCCUCACCGAUGUACAGUAGACUGAUUCCGCCGCUGAAUCAGCUGGAUCUCCUGAGAAACCUGAAGAGCAAGUCGGGAUUGUCAUUCAGAAAGGACUCCCAACCGGAGUCCUCCCCAAGUCAGAAGGUCAGCCUGAAGGAGCGUGUGUUCUCCAGUCCCCGGAGUUCAGGAACCAAAGGGAAAGGUUCCCCCCAGGGCCCCAGUGGACAAGGCAGCCAGGGCCAGGGUCAGGGGGGCCAAGGUCAGGGCCAACCCAUCCGCCGGUCCCCUAGUGGGGACAACAGCAACGAAGACAGCCCUAGCAAAGUGCCCAAGAGCUGGAGCUUCGGAGAACGCAGCCGGGCGCGUCAGGCCUUCCGCAUCAAGGGAGCCGCCUCGCGCCAAAAUUCAGAAGUGCUGAUUGAGAUGCAGGAUGAAGAAUUCAGACAGAAGAGCUCCCCAGCAAUUGAGGGGUUAAUCAAAGCCAGCCUCCCUGGUGAGGACAUAGCGGACGACAAUAAGAGCUGCCACUGUGAGUUUGUCCCUCCGGACUUAACUCCCGGACUCAAGGUCUCCAUCAGGGCCAUUUGCAUUAUGAGGUUCAUGGUCUCCAAGAGGAAGUUCAAAGAGAGCCUGCGGCCGUACGACGUGAUGGACGUCAUAGAGCAGUAUUCAGCCGGCCACUUGGACAUGCUGGCCCGCAUCAAAAACCUCCAGUCCAGGAUAGAUAUGAUUGUUGGUCCCCAUGGACCCUCAACUCCACGCCAUAAGAAGUAUUCAUCUGAUGGACCCAAAGAGUCACCCAAAUACUCUCCUAGAGUUGACCAGAUUGUUGGUCGAGGUACUCCAAUCACAGAUAAAGACCGUCCCAAAGGAACCACUGACAGUGGGGUUGAAGAGGACACAAGCAUGAUGGGGCGCCUAGGGAAAAUGGAGAAACAGGUCAUGUCAAUGGAAAGGAAGCUGGACUUCUUGGUGAACAUCUACAUCCAGCGCAUGGGCAUCUCCCAGUCGGAGACGGACGCCUACUUUGGGUCCAAGGAGCCCGAACCAGCACCGCCUUACCACAGCCCUGUGGACCACAUGGAGAAGAGUGGCUCCAUCACCAAGAUCAUCCGAUCCAACAGCUCUAUCGGACAGAAGAACUUUGACCCACCGCCAUCCUGUUCCGGCCCGGGGGUCCACUGCCCACCCUCCACCUCCUGGCAGCAGCACAACGUCAGCGAGUUCCACCAGCCGAGCCAAGGCAACUUACCAUCUCCUGUAGGUGAUCACUCCUUGGUCCGUAUCCCUCCUCCACCGGCCCACGAGCGCUCCUCUGGAGGCCACAAUGGGAGCAAUCGGGGAUCCCACCGCAACAGCGGUGGUGGAGGUGGAGGUGGUGGAGGAGGAGGAGGUGGAGGCAGUGGCGAAGGGGAUAGAGAGGGCAAGCCAGACAGCGACACGUCCAUCUCUAUCCCCUCAGUGGACCACGAGGAGCUGGAGCGCUCCUUCAGUGGCUUCAGCAUCUCCCAGUCCAAGGAGAAUCUGGACUUCCUGAACAACAGCUAUUUCAGUGGCGUAGCCCGCUGCGCCAAGGUAAGGCCCUACAUCGCAGAAGGUGAGUCCGACACUGACUCCGACCUCUGCGCCCCCUCACCCAACUCGGCCACCGGGGAAGGCGCUUACGGGGACCGAGGGUGGUCAGGAUCCAAGUAGGCCAAAACUGGAACCUCAUAUAAAUGGGGCCAUGGUGACUCUGCCUUAGAUUUCAGAGCUAAGAGUCUGAUAUGCUGGGUGUGAGGCCGCUGCUACCACCAAUGGUACAUGUGAGGACAGAGUCACCCAGCUCCUCUUAAAUGACUGCAAUGUAGAGUGAGAAAAAGGGUUUAUCAGACCACACUCCAGCAGUUUUUACUGAGAAAGAGCCUGUAGUUUUUCAUACUCGGAAGGUUUGCAGCAACUUGACUUAGAGUACACACAUUUGUUUUCAUGUAUUCACACACUCAUCAAGGUUAAGUUUGCCAGUGAUUUAAAAAAAAUAUCUGACCCUGGAAUGGAAUGCAGAUUAAUUGCCAACCUUCUAUAUUAUGAUUGAGAUGGUUAAAGAGUUAUCACACAGAAGAUACAGGUCCCGUGUGGCUCAGCUGGUAGCGGACAGCACUUGCAAUGCCAGGGUUGUGGGUUCGAUUCCCACAGGGCAUCAAUACGAACCAACGUAUUGCUCUAGAUAAGAGUGUCUCCUAAAUGACAAAAAAAAGGAGUAAUUAUAUAAAUAAUACUUGAAUUUGAUCUAAACUCUGAUGUUCUUUUGCUGUAUCUCUUUGUUUUUGAUACGUGGCAUAAGAGAUUCCCAAUUGCAUCUAAAAUGUAAUGUAUUGUAUUUCUAUCCCAAAUGACUUAUUAUUUACAGUGGACAACAGAGGACAUGUUUUGCAUUAUGGUUGAUCAGCUAAACACAUAUAUUUCAAAGGAAUGUAAUAUUAUCAACAUUAUGGCUCGUGUCCAUAAGCACUAUGGGAUAAAGGGACGUGAUAACCAGUUCUAUGUGCACUAUUCUGUUGUGGUUGUUGUACAAAAACACUGAUGGCAUUUACAUCACACUACUUACUAAAGAUAUUGUACAUAUUCUAUUCAAUACCAACUACCCACAAUAUUGCAAUUGUGAUAUCCACAAAGAUGCUUUCUAUGGGUAGAGGUACAUUUGGUUUAGUCUGUAUAUGAUCUGUAAAGAUGUAUUUGAUUGAUUUGUAUAUAUCAAAUCAUUUAGAUGUGUGUAUUUAUUUAUUAAUUUCCUGUAAGAAUUACAUAUGCAACUUGGGCACAAA